AUGGUGAUAAAUAUCCUCUGUAAUACACAGAAUGGGUAAGUAAAAGUUGUACAUACCUUCCUUAAACAUGCUUAUCUGGAAAAAGUCCGCAAAGCACAAAACGGAGUCUGAGAAUAUAGAUUGCGAUAUAGUUAUAGAAGGAUUACAGAACAUUUAACUGUCUCUAAAGAAUCAUUUUAAUAGUUAUGUCCUUACAAUUAUUACCUAGAACAUUAUUACCUCAGUUUUCAUAGCAUGCUCUCUGCCUUUAGAAUCUAAUUACAAGUUUUCCUUAGCUCUGCUUUACUAGUUCUUUAAUUGUGAAUGAUCUCAAUUUGUCAGUUUCUUUGCUAGUUUUAUCCUUGCUCUUGUUAUCAAAUUAUGAAAUGUGUUUCUCCUUCUGCCAGUAAUCUAGUAUCUUUUCACCCCGCCACACAUGCAUAUAAUCUGCAUGCAGGGCUGCACAAUUUCAGUAAUUAUUCACAUUCCAUAGACUCUCAGAGGUAAAGGCUGCAUUAGAGAAGCACUGCUUUCUGCACCCACAGUAAUUAAAGUAUUUCACAAUUUAGCAUGCUGCAGCAGGACUCUUGGAACUCGUAUGUGUCAGUCUGUGUAAGACUUCAUCAGAUGAUAUGCAGCAAAGUUAAACUAGUAAUUCAAUACAAGAUACCAACUUCAUCUGCUGUGAUUUUUUCAAGGAUUCUUGGACUUGCACCUUCAGAGGUGAGAAUUUCUAUAUGAUUUUGCACAUUUUUUGUGUAUCUGCAUAUUUUUCUGUGUUCGCCUGAACCAAGUCGCCAGGCCAUCUGGAAGAGAUUCUGUAAGGAAGCUCAAAAGGAAGGGGAAAAGAGGCUAAGUUUGGUCCCCCUAUGUCUGAUUGCCUUACUUUACUGUUGCCCAGUAGGCUCAGGAAAAAAUAUAAAGCCUUAACACAAUGUAUUAUUUAUAAAUGUAUACACUACAUUUCUGCAGAAUUACACAAAGGUGGCUUAUGCAAAACUGACACAGUAUAAAAUAAGCUAACAGUGCAACCUAAAACAAAGAGAAAAUGCAAGCUAAAAACAAAGCAAAUUAAGGAGCAAAACAAUCAGAAACUAGAAACAAACAAGCACCAUUUUAAAAGCAGAUCACAGAGUAGAAGAUCUGCAAUUCUUCCCUUUCUGUUUUUUUUUUUGUUUUGUUUUGUUGUUUUUUUGCCAGCAUUAACCAGGAUUCCUUCUUAACUGAUAUUGACAUGAAAUCCCUUAUAAGAUAUGAUGGGUAUGAGCUUAGGUGACUUUAAAAAAAGAAAUACUCUAGAUCUGUCAAUGUCUGUUACAAAGAUCCCAAAUGGAACCUCUCUGUUCAGAGACAUAUGAUACCCAGAUGCUGGGGAUUGAAAUGUGGUGGCCUUUACCUUCAUGCCUUUUGAGUUCUAGACGUGCAUGGUUGGCUGGUAUUGGAAACAGAAUGCUGGACCAGAUGGUGUCAGUGAAGAUGCUAGGUGGACCUCAGUUGGGAUGGCCACCUCUUUUUCUUUUGUAAAUAAUUACUAGUUUUCAAAAUAUCCAUAUUCCAAUACUGUAAAUCAUGUACUGACAAACAGGGCAAUAAAACGAAACUGCAUUAAGAAAAAUAACCACAGGUCUGUGAUAGUAUGGAAACUUGUAUCCAUUUUCUUCCCCUCCCCUGUUUUUGUUUUCCUCUCUCCAUUUUGCUUCUGUUUUUAAUGAACUGCAAAUGGGCAAACUGGUUAGUGUUUACUACGGUUUAUUGAAAAAGCAAACUUUAAGUAAUAAUGAUCCUGACUUGUUUCAAUAAAUACUAAUUGACGCUAACUAUAGUUCAUGCUUUAGUAAUAAUAACAAGCUGCAGUUAACUGGAAGUGGAGGAGCACAUAAGCCCAAACUUGAGUAUGUAAUGUUAACUGGUUUAAACAUCUGCUUAAAUUGCAUUGGCUAAAGAAGAUUCUCUUUACUCUGAUAUCUUACAACUUCUAAAUGUAUUUGUAUUAAUAGUUCUAAAGUGUAGUUUAGAAUGGAGCCUUAAAAAAAAUUUUUUUUUUAAUUACUGGCAGGUAAAGGUGCUUUGUGGGACGUGGGUGGCGCUGUGGUCUAAACCACUGAGCCUAGGGCUUGCCAAUCAGAAGGUCAGUGGUUCAAAUCCCCACGACGGGGUGAGCUCCCAUUGCUCGGUCCCAGCUCCUGCCAACCUAGCAGUUCGAAAGCACGUCAAAGUGCAAGUAGAUAAAUAGGUACCGCUCCGGCAGGAAGGUAAACGGUGUUUCUGUGCACUGCUCUGGUUUCACCAGAAGCGGCUUAGUCAUGCUGGCCACAUGACCCGGAAAAACUGUCUGCAGACAAACAUCAGCUCCCUCGGCCAGUAAAGCGAGAUGAGUGCCACAACCCCAGAGUCGUUCGCGACUGGACAGUUGUCAGGGGUCGUUUACCUUUUUUAAAAAAGGUGCUUAAUUCUAACCAAAAUCUGGAAUGGAUUUUUGCAUGUGAAAUACCACCCAGUGCCCAAUAAUAUGGGAGAUGCAUAAAGUAGAAUGAAAGGUUGACAUCUUUCUCCAGUAUCAGUACUAUCUCUCACUAUUUAGGUUGUGUAUUGCAUUCUUUUUUAAAUAUAUAGAAUAUUCUGUAUUAUCUUAACCUCUUUAUUAUACCAGAAUGUGCCUACUGUAUUAUACUUGAAGGAGGGAGCAGUAAAUGCUGGGGUGGGGGGAGAGAGAGACUAAUGGAAUCGAUAGGAGAACUGUGUGAUAAAAACCAAAAUGUAAAAAUCUCAAUAGUGGUAGGUUGCUUUUGUAUUCAGCAGUUUGUAACUUUCCCUUUUGCAUAAUAGGUUGCAGAAAUAUUCCAAAGGCUCUGUGAAGAUACCAGGACCUGGUUUCGUCAAGUUUUGACAAAACCCUUGCUAGAAAGUCGUUCAUAUUCAUCUUCAGUUACAUUCACAUUUCCAGCAGAACUUGAGGUUUGUAUUUUCCAGCUAAAGCUAUCCCAAUCUUUGUCAGUAUGCAGUGUUUUUUUUCCUGUUAACUUAAUGAGUUUUUUUUAGCAGCUGCCCUUACUUCCUUCUCAUACCUAUGUGCUCCUUCUGACAUGUUAAGAAAUGUCAGAGAGUUUAUUGUUUGGUAGCUUAAGAUCUGUGGUUUCUGUCACACCAUAGAUACAAGGUUUUACCCAUCGAAAGUUGGUUCCAGAGAGCCCACCCUAGAGUCACUGUUGCUCAGAUGCAAAUCAUUAAAGCCAUGCAGAGAGAGAGAGAUAGUGGAGUGCCACUCAUUUCCAGACUGGGAAUAUAUCCAAGUUAGUGUGGUGGCUCCUCUACAUAGAGCAGGGGACUGCCAAGCUUCUCCUUAGUCCAGCACUUGAACCCAGCAGUUGCAUUGAGUUCUAAGAGAGAGAUUCUGUACUUCAUAGUGACUGAGAACCCAGUGCUUUGUUGGUGUGUAAAAAUGACCAGUCAUAGUUCCUAGCCUAAUUAUAAAAGUGGUGGGAGGAAGAAGAAGAAGAAGAGGAGUUUGGAUUUGAUAUCCCGCUUUAUCACUACCCUAAGGAAUCUCAAAGCGGCUAACAUUCUCCUUUCCCUUCCUCCCCCACAACAAACACUCUGUGAGGUGAGUGGGACUGAGAGACUUCAAAGAAGUAUGACUAGCCCAAGGUCACCCAGCAGCUGCAUGUGGAGGAGCGGAGACGCGAACCCGGUUCACCAGAUUACGAGUCCACCGCUCUUAACCACUACAGAAAGUUUGUGUGUGUGAGAGAGAAAGAGCGAGACGGGAUAUUAAUGUAUGCUCUCUUAGAGGUCACAGACUAGGAGUAUAUGCUCAGUAGGAGAAAGCAUAGAGGAGUAGGCAUGUUAGCUAAGGACUGGUGUACAUGCCUGGUCCCAGCUUUUUAAGAAAGCCUGAGUAGGUUUUCCCCAGAGGCUUGCCAAACACUGUGGGGCAAAGGUGGGACAGUUGAUUGACAGUUUAUUUGAAAACAGCCCAUUACAGUUCCAUUUCUGCCAGGUAAUCCCAGUUACAAGUCAGUAAGCAUCAAGGAGAGGUGUGGUCCUCCUUUUGCAUGUAGUAUUGAAAUGGGCCUCUACCAGGUAAGGUGGCAGGUAAAGGAAGGUGAGGCUGGCGUCUACAAGUCUGCCACUGCCAGGAGCCCAUGGGGUAAGUUGGCAGCCCUAGUGGAUCCUGCAGAGGCCUCAUGAAAUGCCUCUUGUCAGAAGCUGAUGUCGCUGAUGGGGAUCUGGUCUCUUAUUUUUUGCCACUUUUUAAAAGCUCCUGUGAAGCAUGCAACCUGUCUUCUAAAGAUGCAGGCAUUAUCCCUGUCGUCUUCAUCAUUCCAUUUUUUGUAUUUCUCACCUACUGGGAAAGGGUAGGGGAUUGUUGUCGCAUGCUGUUCUUUUCUUCUGCCAAGAAGAAAAGAGGGCCUUGGCCAGGGAGAACCAAGGGCCUAUAAAUACAACCUCCUUCUGCUCUUAAUUUGGGUUAAUUUAACUGAAUAAUAAUUUUCUUUCUUAGGCUUGGGAUCAUUUUUUGAAAAUAGACUUUGCUAAUACAACUUUCACAGAAGAGUGGAAGAAAACUUUAAUCACAGAUAUGGAAGGCAGAAUCAAAAAGGUACUGAGAUUAAUGGAUUAUAUUGUAUCAUAUGAAAUGGAAACUAUCACAUUCAAUCUAAAUCAGGGGUGGGAAACCUUUUCCCCAUGGCUACUUCUCAUCAAUGAGCAGUGCCAAAUAUGUGUGGCCAGAGUUGAAAGUGGGCAUGGCCAACCCCACAAUAUUACACACUACCUUUUCCUGACGGACUCUAGAGCCAGGUAGCCUGUGUAAAAUUAUGGCAUACCAGCCUAGACAGGAAGUGUCUCAAUCAAAUUGCAUGCCAGUUCCUCCUUCCAGGCAGUCUUGUUUCAGGAGAUGUCUGCUGUCACUCCAUGUCACUUUCAUAUUGAGGAAAGAUCCUUUUCCUUAACAGAGCUGGGAAGCUUGACCAGCAGGGACAAGCAGAGGGUAACCUAAGUUCAAGUUAAAAUCCCUUGCCGAUCCUCAUCUUUUGCUGAUCCCCAUCUUUUUUUCUGGGUCAACACCUGGCCUUACAAAGGCAAAUGGAUAGGGAAAGGCAGUCUUAUCAAGCCAACCAGGCCACAGCUCUGGCCCAGAUCUCAUUAAUGAAAGCAAUCUUAUCAGGCACUCGGAGAGACCCAGUGCGCAGAAAUCUUAAAUGAAGUAUUGACUGGCCAGGUCCCCUUCUUCCUCUUUUUCAGAAUCUCUCCCUCUGCCCUCGACCAACAUAAAGCUUCUCAAAUGCAAGGUGGUUCUGAUGCACUCCUUAGGAGCUUAGUGAAGAAGAGGCCUCUCCCAUUCCUCUCAGUAGGACCCUGGCAGAGACACACUCCCAACUUGCAUGUUCCCUUGAUCGUUCGGGAGCUUCAAAAGCUUUCUUUUGCCUGAACAUCAAGUGACCGAUGCCAACAGACAUUGACACACUUAGGGAUCUGCAGAGUCUUUGCAGCUUGCGUAACAGAUCUCAGCAACUCAGCAUUUUGGCUAAUCUACUUUAUUUACAUAUAAACACACAGAGAGCACCGCAACAUGGCUCCCUCUCUCUAGCAUCAAACAGCAAAGAGAAAAAGAAUAAAGGACCAUAGUCCCACUUCACGGAACACAGUAACACAAACAUCCUGUCUCCGUCACUUCCCACUCUGUGGAGUCAAAACAUACACCAUCAUGUGAUAGACAAAAAUCCCAUGACUGCAAUUACAGAGCAGGAAUUCUAACAGUUCUGCAUACCAGGAGACCCCACCCUGGGUCAUCAGAGCGAGAUCUCCCUGCUCACAGAGACACUCCAGGCCCUUUACUUCCUUCCCCUAUGAACCACUGAUGCCAAAUGCAAUGUAGGGUAGCGGCAAUGCAGUUCCUUAUCAGAUAAUAACUCUGAGCCCAACCAAGAGCAGCUGAGGUGGGAACAGAAUUGUGUGCCCCUUGAUCUCUUUAGUCCCUGUCUCAGCUGAACUUACGUUCCACUCCUGGAGCAGCUACCUCUUAAAGUGCAACUAUUCCUCCCAUCCAACAAGGUGGCACAAAAAUCUGUUUUGUCAUUCCUUAAAAAGUCUCACCUUUUUGCAAUGGACAGUGCCACUUAACAACAAUAAAAAUCCUCCAGUUAUGCUAAUUCACAGUACAGUACAGGCUGGAGGAUCAUCAGGAAGUUUUUAAAGUUUGAUGUUUUAUUAUGUUUUUAUGUGUUGGAAGCCGCCCAGAGUGGCUGGGGCAACCCAGCCAGAUGGGCAGGGUUUAAAUAAUAAAAUUAUCAUUAGUUACUGUUACUAGAAAAAUAUAUUUGCUUUGUUUUAUUGUCCUAAAUUACUUUCCCUCCAUGUUUUCCUUAUCUGAUAAAAUCUUAAAUAACUGGAACCAGGUAGAAUGUUUUGUAUUUCUUUUUGCUCUUCCCUGAUAGGAAUCUGCUGUUAACCAGAUUAAAGCCUACUGCUGUUGCCAUGAGGAAAUGGAACAAUUUGACCCUAUGAUUAGCAAAGCUUUUGAAAACUGUGCCAUAGACGCUAUAAAAUUAGCAUACCAGGUACUAUAUCUAAAAUUUUCUGAAUCCUACACUUAUUUUCCAAGUACUGUUACUUUGUUGAGAUUAUGCUACAUGUGCCUGACUGUGGGAGUAAGCAAUAAUGGGUUUGUGAUUCAAUGCCACAGGUAAAUCCAGCUUGGCUUCCUGGAUUGCCAGUCAAGGCAGGCUGACAAAUCAUGUAACUGGGAGCUAUUUUUUUGUGGAUAAUCCCUGCUCAGUGACAAUCCUAGGAUUACAAAGUCAUUCCUCAACUGUAUUUUUGUCUCAUCAAAUUUAAAUCGAUUUCUAUUGCCAUAUAAUUUACCCUUUGGGAAAGGACAGCAAAUUAUUUGGCAAAUCUCACAAUGAGCAGAUCUGUGAAAGCAAGUUCCUUUUGGAAUCUGUUGGAUUCGGCUGCAUUAUGAAUAGUAAACUUUUUUAAAUGAUGUAGCAAAUUUGUGAAAAUAAAAUGACAGACUCAUCGCUAUCUAAUGCUGCCAGGUCUGGCCUGCCCGUGAGGCAAGGUGAGGCAGUUGCCUUAGCGACAGGCUCUGGAUACCUGGAGAAGGUGUUUGCCUUCUCCAGGUAUCCAGAACGUUUGCAUUGCCAAAUGUAGGGGCCCUGAACCCUCUACAUAUUUUGUGUCUUAUGUAGGAACAGUCUAAUCUCCUUGAACUGAUAUCUCAUUACAAUCUGAGCAAGCUGGGUAAACUUGUAUCUGCUGCUAUCAUAAAAUCAUGGCCAGCUGAUGUAGCAGGGAAGCCUAUGAGAGAUUUGGAAGGUGUGCUGAAUCAUCUGCUUGUUUGGCCAGACAUUAAGCAUCUUUUCAUCUUCAAUGGUAAGUGCAGCUAUCAUUUGAUGGGUAAAGUUCUGGGAGCAGGUGGGAAAUAUCUUAUUAUUGAAAGGAGCACAGAGGGUUAUUUAAUAUCGAAACAGAGUUGAAUAGGAGGAGAAUUAGUAUUGGACAUUGUAGAAAGGAAAAGUCAGUUAAGGUUUAGUAACUGGUAGAGGAUUUAUGCUGAAACACAAAUAUUGUGCGUAUUGGAAGAGUAUGAUGUUGCAGGCUAUUGCAAUUCUUUUAUGUUUUAUUUCUUCUGAUGAAUAAUGGGUCACCGUUGUUGUAAGGAGGGCAGCAAACUUUCAAACUGUGUGUAGAACAGAGAGAAGUAAGGAAACCUAAAGGAGUCACCUUGCUUCCAGCUGCCAUGGGGGAUGAAGUUAUUUUAGCAUCUAAGGACAAAGGUUGUUUGCUUGUUUUUAAAAUACCUGACUGAUCUAACAGGUGCGGCUGGAAACAUUCUGGACCAACUUACUGAAGAAGCCCAGGAGCUAAUGGCCAGCGCUGACUCUGUAUAUACAAAGGUUUCUGAUGAACUCAUGACAGGCCAUAUCCUAGUUAAACAUUUAGAGCUGGUUUUAAAGCACAAGAAGCAGUUUCUGUCCAUUUGGGAAUUUAGUAAGUGUGUUUAUCUGUAUAUAUAAAUGGAGAGAUGGGUAAAAUAUAGGACCGAAGUCCAGUUAAAUGCUAAUAAAUGUUACUCAAUUAAAACAUAUCCAUUUAAUGUCAAUUUGAAUUUGCAUAUCGUUUUAAAACAGCAUUUCUGAAGCAAAUAUAGUGGCUUUGUGUUUAGUUGACACACGUAUUGUAGCUGUCAUUUGCCAAAUUCACAUUUCGUAGUAAGCCAAACUAUGGCUCACCAGGACCAUGUGAAUUUGUGAAUUAGGAGUUUGCAGCCUGGUCUAUUUUACUCCCAUUCCAUGCUGAGCUAAGCUAAGGUUUGGUUUAGUGUAUUGCCUGAGCCCAGGAUUAUGGUUAAGCUCCUCCUCAUUACAGACUGUAGCCAGUGUUCGUUCCAUUCUCCAGUAGCCCACACAUUUGCAGAGUCCCAGUAAGUCAUGGCUUAGCAUGACAUGCAAACUAGGUUCACAUACAAUUAGCAUGCCUAUUGUGUAUGAAAGAUGGGAGAACAUUUCUUCUAAGAUAGUGAUUGCUCUUUGUAGCCUUUUAUAAGGUUGGGGUGGGAUUCAGCUAAUGAGCCCUACCAGUGGAAGCCUUCUCAAGGACUUCCCCUAGCACAGUGGACCUUUUUUCACAUGUUCCUCCCCCUGUGUCUCACUUGUCCCCUCCCCUCCCCCCCCCCCAAAAUAAUUGGCUCAGCGGGUUGGGAGAACCCUUGGAACAGCAUGCAAAGAAAGGAGAGGGGAUAUUGCUCCAUCAGACAAGCAGAAAUGCUUACACUGACAGAGCAAUCUGCUUACCACUGUGUUGUGUUACUCCUGCUGUAUUAAAGAUAUUCCUUCUUAAAAAUGAGUGCACCCUUUGGUUGAUCUUUGUUUUUAUCCAAUCGUGGGAUAGGAGACAAGGGAAGCACUUAAGCCUGAAGCUUCACUUGGGCUCAGGGUGGCUUGUGCAUGUAAUGCUAAAUCACAGUUUAGUGGUAUUUGCACACCAGCUGUUGAGAAGCAGAGUUCUGGAAUGCCCUUGUUCUUUAAGAGCUUAUUUGGGAGAUAGUGAGUCCAAGUUUUGUAAAAGGAAAGAAAAUAGGGAUCUUGUGCAAGUGAUUGUAAUUGGCAAUUUUCAUUUCAGAGCCCAAGCAUAUUUCGCUGUUUGAUGAAAAAGAGCACAGAUCAAAACUAGAAGGAAUACUUGGCUUGAGGCUGCAAGAACUACUGUAUGUCAAGAGGGAGAAAAACUGUUUGGAAUCCCUCUUGAACAUGUGCAGGAAAGUGCAAGAGUAUAUAAAAGGUAUUUUUAAAGGGGGAGGGUAAUUUUAAAACUCUGGCUCUGUUAGUUUUCCUUUGCAAAGAUUGUUAAAGAUUGGGAGUGGAAAUAAACCGGGGAAUGAGAAUGUCCCAGAACUCUCCAACAUCAGAAAAGCAGAUUGAUCCAAGUAGAACAAUUGGGUAGAAAUUGCAAAUUGUUCAUUUUUUAAACAAACGUCACAGUCUGGUGUUUGAUGCUGCAAUGUGAACCAUUGUAUAGCAAAGAUAAGACCCACUGAAGUUUUUUUUGUGUGUGUGUCCAAGUUCUGAUUUUCUCUUUACUUUCAGUGGAUAUUGCUGAAAUAGAGCAGAAGCACAGUGAAAACCUGGCCUCAAAAGCACUGGACGAUGUUGUGAAUGUGAGAGACAUUUCCCAGAGUGCUGAUAAAAUUGAGACAUAUUACCACCUGAGUCCAGCCCUGAAGAAGAUAGCGGAAAUUGUGAAUAACUUUAAAGAGAGUGACGUCUUCCAGUACUGUUGGGAGUGGGCAGCCAAAAAACAUGUCGUUGAUGAAGACAUUGCUGCUCUGGAUCUUGAUGAAGUGCCUCUCUCCCUUUUUGAUCCUUGUUACAGUGAAUUCUUGAGGCUGUAUAACAGUCUGAAAUCUGGGGAGCUCAUGUUUUCUGAAGUAGACAUGCUCUUCAGAGAUUUUACUAACCGUUACGAGGAUCUGAAAAAGGAUUUUCAGGUUAUGUGCAAUCUACAGCGUCAAGAUGGUGGAGAAUGGAUAGAUGAGCGGAUUCAACAAAUCCAGCAAUAUCAUGAAUUGCAUUUGGCCAUGGACUCUGCUAAGGUUAUCGACAAGGUCAGGGAAGGUUUGAAUCUCUCUGGUGACUUCAGAGUCCUGCAACAGUUACUUAACUUCGUAAGUAUAUUUCUUUGAAACCACAGUUCGAGAGCUUAUCCAGUAAACUUAGGUAGCUUCAUUCUGUUCAAAAGUUGAUAGUGUGCACUUUUCAUUUGGGUCUAUACGUUAUCGCAGGAACACAAAAUGUGGAUUACAUAUAGAGUUGUUUAGUACUUUGGCUUUUUGGAUCUCUUUAAUUUCUUUAGCAUGGUUUUUCUGCACUGAAGACAAAAGAGGGUGUGUUUUUUUGUAAUUACACCCCAUUUGUGAAUUGCUUUCCCCAAGGAUGUCUAGCCAUUAGGUCCCCCCCCCCCCCCAAUUCCUAGCUACUUAAUACUGUCAGGCAUUUUGUUUAUAGAAUUUUAUAAUCAUAUUAAAGAGGCAAUUGUAUGGGUUGGAUUCAGUGUAGCUGCUUGCAAGACAGAACAAUCCUCUCUCCUCCUACUGUGUACUGUAUAAAAUGCAGGGGCACAUAGGAAGAGGAGAGGGGAAAGUCCUUUUGCAUUGGUGGAACUUUUUCUCGCUUCCCCUAGCACGCCAACUUAGUUGAACCUCCCUAUACUGUAUUUCUAUUCCGUACUGCAGAACCAUCUACAUGCAGUAUGCAAUUUAGAGGAUAUGCACACCACUGUAAGACACGUAUAACUUUUGGCUCAAUUUGCCAUGUGGAUAUUGUGUAACUGGAGAAUGCGAAACAAAAAAAUAAGGACAUUUUGACUGGCAGAAAAAUAAUCUCUAUGCUACUAAAUAGUCUAUCUAUGCUACUUAAUAUAGUUUUGGGAGUCAGGUGUGUCCUGAUGAGCAUUCAUCCAUGUGGUAUCUACUGAGUAGUGGAUCAAGAUGUGUAGCAAGCAGUGCAAUCAGGAUAUCAAAGGGCAGAUAAAACUAGCUACUUACCUCAUGGUAACAGUUUGCAAACUUAACUGCAUGUGCUGUUCAUUUGCCAUAUCUAGUCAAGUUUAGCUCACUUGCAUCCCCACAAAGAGUCAGAAGUAGUAAGGGUGUGGUGAUAUUGAAAUCAUAGCCAUUGUGGGCAGCUUGGGAGGAAGGGGUUGGCUAUAAAUCUAACGGAAUAAAAGAUGUGCCUAGGUGCUACAGGCUUUCAUCUUACCUACAUGGCUUUCACAAACUCUGCAUUAGAGUUACAGGAGGCUACUAUGUCAUAAGGCCACUUGCCAUCUACUCUAUACUCUGAGCAGCAUCUCCAAAAUGUUUCAUCAUGGGAUGGCACGUUACCAUAGUUUUUUUCCCCUUGUAAAGACAAGGGGAUUCCAGUUCCUGGGAGAUUUUCCUUUCACUUUGUAUAGAAUCUGUUGUAGUUGCAACAAGCAACAAAUGUCUCUCUAUAAAGCAGCCUAACUCAUUGUUUUCCGAAAGGGAAAAAUAUAAAUAAAUGUUCCCCUGCUGCAUGGAUGCCAUGGUAAUAUCUGGUUCAAGUUCUGAUGUAGAUAUUGUGCUUCCACUGGUUUGGACAGCUAAAGACGGCUUCUGUCUGAUUUUAUUCAUUUUCCUUUCUACCCCCCCCCCAAAUGCCUUCACAAACAAACAAAAGCCUUAGUUGCGGUCAGUGGGGCAGCAGCGGUAGGGUGAUCCUGAUCCCUUGCCAUUGGAACACUGAGUGCAGCUGCAGGUUCCUGAGAGGGGCGAGGUGUGGGGAGCCAUUGCAGUGUUCCUAGAAGGAAUCAUAUCUGAAACAAUCCAUGAUGCCUCCUCUUGAAACCCAGCACCAUGGGGCUGAAAAAUGGGAGAUGGAAAUCAAGGGAAAGGUUUUGCACAUCCUUAAUGUGCAGUACAAUCCUCUUAUUCCCUUUUCAGGUACAGAAAUUCCAGGUCCAGGAAGAGAAGCUCUCCUCCAUGAGUAUUGAAUUGAUGCGUGUAAAAAAAUGGCUGCAAGACAUAACUGAACCACGUCGUAGGUGCCUUGAGGAGCUGGCACUCAGGAGGGAUUUUGUAAGCUGGGUCAAAGAAUCCCUGGAAGGUAGAACAGAUGUGCACCUGACAUUCUUGUUUCUUAGUUUUAAAAGGCUAAAAAGUUACUGGGACAUAUGAUGUACACUUGUACACUGUUAUAUUAUGUACAGUGGUACCUCUGGUUACGUACUUAAUUCAUUCCGGAGGUCCGUUCUUAGCCUGAAACUGUUCUUAACCUGAAGCACCACUUUAGCUAAUGGGGCCUCCCAUUGCUGCCGCGCCACCGGAGCACGAUUUAUCUUCUCAUCCUGACGCAAAGUUCUUAACCCGAGGUACUAUUUCUGGGUUAACAGAGUCUGUAACCUGAAGCGUAUGUAACCCGAGGUACCACUGUAUAGGUGUAUUACAUGAUGUUUUUCCUCAUUUUGUUUUCUGUACAAGCUGGCACCUGCAAGAUGUCUCAGUGCAGGAGGGACCCCAAAAUGGGAUGUUGUCUUGUCCAUUUCUCAGCCACCAACUCCUUCUCAUUCCCUUGUCUCAUGCUUCCUGUUUUUCUCCCUUAAAUUUCUUAUUUCCUUACACAAGGAGGAUCUCUUUCCACUUCAUGUCUCCAUCAUAUUUUUAUUUGUACAGGCAGCCUUAUCUUUAAAUGAGACAUGCACAAGGUUGAGAGAAGCAAUCAUUUCAGCAAGAAAAAUUAUUGAACUAACAACACUUUCCAUAGCAAAUUAUUUUCGUAGUUUUUACUUGGACAGAGUGGUUUCAGCAAAUGUACCUCUUAAUGAGGUAUGUGGGGAAGCCGCAUGGGCAACUUCAACGAUGUUUAUGAGGCAUCAUAAGAUUGGUAAAUAUGCUUUUCAUGAGGUGGCUUUUGGGAGGCAAAUCCUCCAGCAGGUUCGUUAAGGGGAAGUCAUAGAAUAGAGAGCCCACCCAAUUGAGAUCUUACCUUUAUUCAAUCCAACUAUGCCACCUUUGGAAGGAACAAUUGUUCUCCUCUGAAGGGUGCAUCUCAGAAGUGUUGAACACAAGGCAUGGGCCCAACCUAUGUUCUAGCUUCCUUACAUAGGUUCAGAAAGUGCAUCAAUGUUUUCCCUGGGGGGCAUGGCCAAUGGACAAAGAGCAAGAUGCAUUUCCUGUUUUUAAUUUGAGAGGGCAGCAUAGCCCACAAUGUCAUGUUUUUCAGAACCUCUGAGAAACACCUUUCAGAUUAAUCACAAUAGUUCUUUUGCCUCCUUGUGGUUUACUCCACUUCACAAAGCAAAGGAAGCAAACGUAAGUAAUGCAGGCUUUGUGUCAAGCACUGAAUAAAGAUGUAGGUCCUAGUAGAAAGACAUGGAGUACUACCAGGGGCGGAACUUAUAGACAGUAAACUUUGGGAUGUCUUUCACUUUGUUUAUUUGCCUUAGAUAAGAAUGAGCUGAAGGUAUUUGUGGACUUAGCUUCUAUCUCUGCGGGAGAGAAUGACAUGGAUGUGGAUCGUGUGGCUUGUUUCCAUGAUGCUGUCCUUGGCUACUCCUCCCUGUUGUAUGACUUGAAACGGGAAUCGGGAUUUGGGGAGCUCAUGAAGUGCUUGAGGAAACUUUGGAAAGCUCUGGAGAGUGACAACAACCUCCCAAAAAAACUGGUAAUUCCUGCAGUUGGACCUUAGUUCAUCUGUCUAUAUCUGCUCUUAUUAAGCUGUGUAUUUUAUAAAGAUACUGCAUCCAGUGUGAGUUUAAAGGUAAAGGGACCCCUGAUCAUUAAGUCCAGUCGCGGACAACUCUGGGGUUGUGGUGCUCAUCUCACUUUACUGGCUGAGGGAGCCAGCGUUUGUCCGCAGACAGCUUCUGGGUCAUGUGGCCAGCAUGACUAAGCUGCUUCUGGUGAAACCAGAGCAGUGCACGGAAAUGCCAUUUACCUUCCUGCCGGUACUUUGACGUGCUUUCGAACUGCUAGGUUGGCAGGAGCUGGGACCGAGCAACGGGAACUCACCCCGUCAAGGGGAUACGAACCGCUGACCUUCUGAUCGGCAAGCCCUUGGCUCUGUGGUUUAGACCACAGUGCCACCUGUGUCCAGGUGUGAGUUUACUGUAGAUAUAUUGAAGGGUAGAAAAUUAUUGGUGUGGACAUUGAGAUUUUGUAGGGAUAUCCACCUUGUAGCUACUUAAACCUACAUUCUGCAGAGUAGUGUGUGCUUUGUAUGUGAAUAGCAUUUAUGCCUGUGCUCUAUUCUACCGCAUACACUGCAGUUUUGUGCAUCAUACCAGCUGGUGGGUUCAGUAGCUACUUUUAAUUUCAUGAAAUAUCUCUGGGCUUCACAGCACAGCAUAGCGGAACAGAAAUCUUCCAGAUUCAAAUAAUCAUGUCCUAGAGUGAGGGUUGUCAUUUAGCAACACACCAUGCUCCCUUGUCAUCUAUGGCUAUGCUAUUAUCAGCAUAUGAUUUGUUCUGGGAUAAAAUAUGGGACUAAUUCAGAGUAUAUCUUCUCCCUAAACCCUACAGCGUGAUUCUGCAAGAUACUUGGAAUGGCUAAAAACAAUAAAAGAGAGUCAUGGUUCUGUGGAACUGUCAUCUAUAUCACUGGCAACUAAAAUCAAUAGCAAGGGAAUCUACCGAAUUAGGGCGCCAGCAGAAGGCCGGAAGGUAAGACCAUGCUUGUAGUAUAUUGUCCCAGUUUUUGUAACCUUUCUCCUCAUCGCUCAGUAGCUACUUUUUCUGUAUACCACACCCAACAAACAGCCUGCUAUAAAGUGAAUGAUAUAACCCUUUCUAAGUGUCUCUUUCAAUAAACUGCUUCCUUUAUCAUUUCCUGGUGCCUCUCUGUUGUAACACCAUUAGGUUGGUCAGGGAUUUCCUCCCAUAGUGUUCAUGAGUGUGAACUUGAGAAUUCACUAUCACAGAGCUAUUUUCUGUUGGUGGCAUUUGCCACAACUUUUUACUGGCAUCUUUCCAAAGACAUUGCCCUCAUAAUUUGGUGCAACCCUCUCAGUAUUUAGCAUAAACCUAUUUACCGCUGACAACUGCUAUCUCUGCAUAUAGUAGGGGGGAACCUUGUAUGGCAUCAUAAGGAAAUAAAGCAAUGAUUAAAUAUAUUUCUAGGUUUCUCUGGAUACUGUCCUGUGCCUGACUAUCUCAGAAAGUCACGGUGGCCAAGAAGAGGAACGGCAGUACUCCCUAGAAGAGCUCCGAGAAUUGAUGAAUAAGCUGAUGCUGAUGUCAGGCAAGGUAGAACAAGGUGCAGAAGUAGAGAAGUUUUCUGAGGUCAGUUUUCAGGCAUAAUUUCCUGUUUGUAUUUUGAAACUCAUAUUGUCCUUUGAGGGAUGUGCAGUGGGGGACAAGAGUAAUGGGGUUCUUCUUCCAGUCAUGCUGAAUUUCUGUGUCCUUUGAGAGAUUGUAGAGAUUUCAGUAAGUGUUUUCCCCCCUGAGAUGUAAAAUACAGUUUGAAACUUCACAGAAGUUUGCAUCACAUUGAAUUGUGAUGAUUUGUUGCUGAUUAGGAUCUUCCUUUGGGAACUGAAUAGCUCCAUCAUUUGGCUCACUUGACCUUUCUAAAUUUCAGUGUUCCUGAUAAAUUUUAAAACAAUUAAAAUUUUACACCCUGAAUGCCCUUGGACCAGAGCUUGUUGACUGUUUGCCUGUACAGAAUGUUGAAGGGAGCAAGGUUGAAGAAAAAUUCAGGGAGUAAAUGUCUCCUCCCCCCCAUUAUUUUAAUACAUAUUGUGAACCCCUUUGAGCUCUAUAAAUGAAAAGUGGUGUGUCAGUUUUUAAAUCAAUAAAUGUUAGGAGAACCAGUUUUUGAUACCGCCUUCAUGUAUUUUGGUUAACCAGCUUAAAAGUUCAAUUUGGCCAUAGUUUCUGCUGGUGUAGCUCUGUCUCUAGGCAAAUGGAGUUGGCCAACGCUAGUUUAGGCAUUCUAGUAGUAAGGGUGGCAGUGGGUAAUGCAUAUUUCACAUUCAUUGGUGUUGUGAUACUUAGAUUCAUUGUUCUGUCUUCUGCUGUGUUUCUUCUGCACCCAGGUAUUUUCUAGUGUCCAGAGGCUUGCACUGUCUUUCAUCGACCUUCAUUCUGCUGGAAACAUGCUUUUCCGCUCUUGGGUCGCUGAUGUAUAUUGCUCACCCAACCAUGAAUUCUGCCUUAGCAUGGAUUUCAAUUUAAAUUCUAAUUCUGUCCUUAUUGGAAAUGGAGACGUCACAAAUGUUCUGCCACUCAUUUGCCGAAAGAUGGAGAGUUUCCUGGAAAAGUGGAACCAGUUUAUGUCGGAGAAGCGAUCCCAGUACUAUUAUUUGAACUACUAUAUGGCAGAACAGUUUGUAUACUUGUGCAAGGAGCUUGGCUCAAAGUGCCCCAGUGAGGCUGCCUUAACGAUGCUGUCAUUUAUAAAGCACGACUGCAGCAAGCAAGAUGUCCAGGAGAUCUCCCGCCAAGUAGAGUCUAAAAAAGCAAAGAGGAAUUUUGCCGAUUUAUUUGGGCCGGUGGCAAGAGGGAAAGAGUUGGCUGUACAACUGGAGUACAUCUGGGAGUCGUACAUGGGAAGUAUGGGCUCAUUCCUUCCAGGCUGCCUGGACAUUGAAACCCUUGGCAUUUACUUGGCCACCCUGGCAGAUCUGGAGAAGAAGAGUGUUAUGCGAAAAUUGCCACAAGGUCUUCAGGCUGGCAGGCCUAACCUCAUUCUCUGUCCUCGCUCUGAGGUGUUGGCUUCGGCACUGGCCAUCUACAUGAACAGUCCAGGGGAGAUGCUACCCUCUUACGAUGAAGUGCUGCUCUGCACACCACAAACCAGCUAUGAACAAGUGGCGCUGUUUUUGAGGCGGUGCCUCACUCCAGGCUAUAAGGGGGAAAAGAUUUACACCUUGCUGUUUGCAGAUGAGUUGAGCUAUGAUGUUGGCUACAGGUCUGAGGAACUUUUCCAGAGUCUUCACUUAAAGCAUCAGGAUGAUUAUAAGCUAGUGAUUCUCUGCAACUGUGAGAAAGAGCACUGCUAUGUCCCUUCUGUCUUCAGCCAGUUCAAAGUUCACAUGAUCCCUCAGCAGCCCCUGAAGGACAUUCAGGGCUACCUUGGGAAUCAUUACAAAGCAACACAAAGUUCAUCGGCUUCUGUCUUCAAGGACCAAAUGUGUGUUGGGAUUGUAGCUUCUGAAAGAGCUGGAGUAGGUGAGUGAACUAAGUACAUAUAGUUUACCAUCUAAGUUUCAGAAUGCGUAGACUAAAACUUGAGGAUAUAAAACAUGGUCUGUUGUUUUUCCUUCUGUGAUGCUCUUUCAGCUUGUGACUGGAAAGAUCAGCACAGGAAUAAUGAGGGGCAAGGGGCACAUUAAACAGCAGGCUCAGUGCCUGUCUAAAAGAGUAGUUUUACUUGAACAGUAUUUCAGCCCGCUGUUUAGUGUUUUUGUCCCAAGCUUUGACAUAAAUGUUGGAAGGAAUAGUACCUCUUUUUACAGAGAUGAUUCCAAGAUGAUAACCAGAGGUUACAGUGCAGGUGGUGGCAGCUGUGACUGGUACAUUUUGGGAUAAACAGUUAGUACAGCUCUAGCUGAAGACUGUAUCCAAGUGUUUAUUGGAUCAGUUUCUCUCCCUCACCCAGAUUCUUCCUACUUGUUGCUCAGCAGAAGCCCAGACCAUUGAGUGCUCUCAGUUUCAAACCAAUCCAUCGUGUGCCUGCUGUGCCCAUUAAUAACUCAGAUAUGUUUUUAUUAUUAACAAUAGGAAAAUCUCUCUAUGUAAAGAGGCUGCAAGAGAAAAUGGAAGCAAAACUACAUCACUCUGAAGUGCCAUUAACAACUAUUAGGUUGAUAGACCCCCACGUGGAUGAAGGGAAAGUGCUGAAGUCUCUUCUCCCAUUCCUGCACCAUAAGUACCAGAAACAGCCUAUGAUAUUUCAUUUUGAUAUCACUUCUUCAGUGAGUAUACCAUGGUUUUGGCAGAACUUUGUCUCCUUACCCUACCCCUCACUUAAUAAAGUUGGUUGUUAUUGGUUGGUUGGGUUUUUUUUUUUUAACUAAGCAACUCAAUGAGGAGGAAAAUUUCAUUUUUCUUUUUAAAAUUACGUACUACAUUUCUGUAUUUUCCUAGGUUCAUUCUGGAAUUCCAGAAUUUCUGUUCAAGCUCUUAGUUUUACAGUACCUGGCAGAUAUACAUGGGAAACUCUGGCUGCGGAAACAGUGUCAUUUGUAUGUCGUAGAAAUUCUUCAAACAUCUUCAUCACCAAGAAAACAAACUAGAUCUGUAAGUACCUAUGGGUAUUUAACUACUAUGUCCAUAAUUGCUAGUUGUUGUUUAGUCGUGUCCGACUCUUUGUGACCCCAUGGACCAGAGCACGCCAGGCACGCCUAUCUUCCAUUGCCUCCCGCAGUUUGGUCAAACUCAUGCUGGUAGCUUCAAGAACACUGUCCAACCAUCUUGUCCUCUGUCGUCCCUUUCUCCUUAUGCCCUCCAUCUUUCCCAACAUCAGGGUCUUUUCCAGGGAGUCUUCUCUUCUCAUGAGGUGGCCAAACUAUUGGAGCCUCAGCUUCACGAUCUGUCCUUCCAGUGAGCACUCAGGGCUGAUUUCCUUCAGAAUGGAUACGUUUGAUCUUCUUGCAGUCCAUGGGACUCUCAAGAGUCUCCUCCAACACGAUAAUUCAAAAGCAUCAAUUCUUUGGCGAUCAGCCUUCUUUAUGGUCCAGCUCUCACUUCCAUACAUCACUAUUGGGAAAACCAUGGCUUUAUACGGACCUUUGUUGGCAAGGUGAUGUCUCUGCUUUUUAAGAUGCUGUCUAGGUUUGUCAUUGCUUUUCUCCCAAGAAACAGGUGUCUUUUUAUUUCGUGGCUGCUGUCACCAUCUGCAGUGAUCAUGGAGCCCAAGAAAGUAAAAUCUCUCACUGCCUCCAUUUCUUCCCCUUCUGUUUGCCAGGAGGUGAUGGGCCCAGUGGCCAUGAUCUUUGUUUUUUUGAUGUUGAGCUUCAGACCAUAUUUUGCGCUCUCCUCUUUCACCCUCAUUAAAAGGUUCUUUAAUUCCUCCUCACUUUCUGCCAUCAAGGUUGUGUCAUCUGCAUAUCUGAGGUUGUUGAUAUUUUUUCCGUCAAUCUUAAUUCCAUUUUGGGAUUCAUCCAAUCCAGCCUUUUGCAUGAUGAAUUCUGCAUAUAAGUUAAAUAAGCAGGGAGACAAUAUACAUCCUUGUCGUACUCCUUUCCCAAUUUUGAACCAAUCAGUUGUUUCAUACCCAGUUCUAACUGUAGCUUCUUGUCCCACAUAGAGAUCUCUCAGGAGACAGAUGAGGUGAUCAGGCACUCCCAUUUCUUUAAGAACUUGCCAUAGUUUGCUGUGGUCGACACAGUCAAAGGCUUUUGCAGAGUCAACGAAGCAGAAGUAGAUGUCUUUCUGGAACUCUCUAGCUUUCUCCAUAAUCCAGCGCAUGUUUGCAAUUUGGUCUCUGCUUCCUCAGCCCCUUCGAAAUCCAGCUUGCACUUCUGGGAGUUCUCGGUCCACAUACUGCUUAAGCCUGCCUUGUAGAAUUUUAAGCAUAACCUUGCUAGCGUGUGAAAUGAGUGCAAUUGUGCGGUAGUUGGAGCAUUCUUUGGCACUUCCCUUCUUUGGGAUUGGGAUGUAGACUGAUCUUCUCCAAUCCUCUGGCCACUGCUGAGUUUUCCAAAUUUGCUGGCAUAUUGAGUGUAGCACCUUAACAGCAUCAUCUUUUAAAAUUUUAAAUAGUUCAGCUGGAGUAUCAUCACUUCCACUGGCCUUGUUAUUAGCAGUGCUUUCUAAGGCCCAUUUGACUUCACUCUCCAGGAUGUCUGGCUCAAGGUCAGCAACCACACUACCCUGGGGUGUACGAGACAUCCAUAUCUUUCUGGUAUAAUUCCUCUGUGUAUUCUUGCCACCUCUUCUUGAUGUUUUCUGCCUCUGUUAGGUCCUUACCACUUUUGUCCUUUAUUAUGGUAAUCUUUGUACGAAAUGUUCCUUUCAUAUCUCCAAUUUUCUUGAACAGAUCUCUAGUUCUUCCCCAUUCUAUUGUUUUCCUCUAUUUCUUUGCAUUGCUCAUUUAAGAAGGCUUUCUUGUCUCUCCUUGCUAUUUUUUGGAAAUCUACAUUCAAUUUCCUAUAUCUUUCACUAUCUCCCUCGCAUUUUGCUUGCCUUCUCUCCCCCGCUAUUUGUAAGGCCUCGUUGGACAGCCACUUUGCUUUCUUGCAUUUCCUUUUCGUUGGGGUGGUUUUAGUUGCUGCCUCCUGUAUAAUGUUACGAGCCUCCAUCCAUAGUUCUUCAGGCACUCUGUCCAUCCAAUCUAAAUCCUUAAACCUGUUCCUCACUUCCACUGUGUAUUCAUAAGGGAUUUGAUUUAGAUUGUAUCUUACCGGCCCAGUGGUUUUUCCUACUUUCUUCAGUUUAAGCUUGAAUUUUGCUAUAAGAAGCUGAUGAUCUGAGCCACAGUCAGCUCCAGGUCUUGUUUUUGCUGACUGUAUAGAGCUUCUCCAUCUUUGGCUGCAGAGAAUAUAAUCAAUCUGAUUUCAAUGCUGCCUAUCUGGUGAUGUCCAUGUGUAGAGUCGUCUCUUGUGUUGUUGGAAAAGAGUGUUUGUGAUGACCAGCUUGUUCUCUUGGCAGAACUCUAUUAGCCUUUGCCCAGCUUCAUUUUGAAUUCCAAACUGGCCCAUGCCAGUUGUUCCUUUUAUCUCUUGAUUCCCUACUUUAGCAUUCCAAUCCCCUGUAAUGAGAAGAACAUCCUUCUUUGGUGUCAUUUCUAUAAGGUGUUGUAAGUCUUCAUAGAAUUGGUCAGUUUCAGUUUCUUCAGCCCCAGUAGUUGGUGCAUAAACUUUGAUUACUGUGAUGUUAAAAGGUCUGCCUUGGAUUCGUAUCGAGAUCAUUCUAUCAUUUUUGAGAUUGCAUCUCAGUACAGCUUUCGCCACUCUUUUGUUGACUAUGAGGGCCACUCCAUUUCUUUUACGGGAUUCUUGCCCACAGUAGUAGAUUUGAUGGUCAUCCAAGCUGAAUUCGCCCAUUCCUGUCCAUUUUAGUUCACUGGUGCCCAGGAUGUCAGUAUUUAUUCUUGCCAUAUCAUUUUUGAUCACAUCCAACUUACCAAGGUUCAUGGUUCUUACAUGGUACUUUGCUAGUACACCACUGAAAAACCCUAUUGCAAAGCUCCCAUUUUUAAUGAGUUUAAUGAUUUCUAACAUAAUCAUGUAUUUAUGGAAUGUUGAUAUUAAAAUUGUAUGUGUGCUAAGAUAACUGAUUUUUUUUAAUUAUCCAGGAAAAUAGAAUGAAUGAGAAGCAGUAUUAACUCGUCAGUUUAAAAGUUUAAAAGCUGUGGAAAAAUUACCAAAACCAAUAAAUAAAUAAAUAGUAUGAGUGACCAAGAUGUGUGAUAUUGGGAUAACCUUUCCCUUCUUUCUCUCUCUCUCUCUUUUUUUUUAUAAAAAAAAGUAUUUUCCAGGAUUGAAGUACAACUUCAUGGAUGUGUUCCCCAAAGUAACCUGCAGAUCUCCCAAGGAAGUCCUAGAAAUGAACAUGCAGAGGAAUCUGUCCUAUGAUUGCUCAGACCCAGGUAUAGAUCAGGAAGUGUUCCGUAGCGAAGCCUUUCAGAGACCCUACCAGUACUUGAGAAGAUCUAGCAGAGGAGAUUGUCUUGACACAUUCCAGUAUGAAAAAGGCUCUGUUGAAGGGACACCAGAAGAGUGCCUGCAGAUGCUCCUGAUCCAUUGUGGAGUGAUAGAUCCUUCCUGGUCAGAACUGAGAAACUUUGCUUGGUUUUUGAACCUUCAACUGAGAAAUUGUGAAACAUCAGUGUUCUGUAAUGCUGCUUUUGUCGACGACGCUUUACACGGCUUCAAAAAUUUCGUGGUCACAUUUAUGAUUUUAAUGGCAAAGGAUUUUGCUACACCAUCUCUAAACAUUUCUGAUGAAAGCCCUGGGAAUCAGUUUUUUGACAUGGAAGGAGUCACAGAAGAAGAUCUUGCUCCAUUUCGUGUUCGGAAGAAGUGGGAGUCAGAACCCCACCCAUAUAUAUUUUUCAAUGCGGAUUCUGUAUCUAUGACAUUCAUUGGCUUUCAUCUCAAACCCAGUGCUAAUGGUGGUAUUGAUGCCAUCAAUCCCUUGAAUGGGAGUGUCAUCAAGAGAAAUGUAAUGACAGCUCAGCUAUACCAGGGAUUGUGCCUUCAGAGAGUUCCAUUCAACAUUAAUUUUGAUGCACUGCCCAGACAUGACAAAAUUGAGAAACUUUGCAUGGUUUUAGGAAUACACUGGCCAAUUGAUCCUGAUGAUACGUAUGAGCUCACAACAGACAACAUGCUAAAGAUCCUUGCCAUUGAAAUGCGAUUCAGGUGUGGUAUCCCUGUUGUCCUCAUGGGAGAAACUGGCUGUGGAAAAACCAGGCUAAUAAAAUUCCUGUGCGAACUACGUAGGAGCGGUGCCAAUGCCGAUAACAUGAAGCUUGUCAAGGUCCAUGGAGGCACCACAGCGGAUGCGAUCUAUGCCAAAGUCAGGGAAGCAGAAGACAUUGCUAUUGACAAUAAACAACAAUACCAGUUUGACACCAUCCUGUUUUUUGAUGAAGCCAACACCACUGAAGCUGUCAGCAGCAUCAAGGAAGUCUUGUGUGAUCGCACAGUUGAAGGACAGCCUUUGGUCCACAACUCAGGUCUGCAAAUCAUAGCUGCAUGCAAUCCUUAUCGCAAGCAUACAGGGGAAAUGAUUCAGCGCUUGGAAUCGGCUGGCUUAGGCUACCGUGUCAAAGCAGAGGAGACCAAGGAAAAGCUUGGCUCCAUUCCUCUUAGGCAGCUGGUAUACCGUGUCCAUGCGCUCCCUCCUAGCAUGAUCCCUCUAGUGUGGGAUUUCGGACAGUUGAACAAUGUUACUGAAAAACUCUAUAUACAGCAGAUUGUGCAAAGACUUACUAGGUCAAUACCAAUGUCUGAUGUUGAGCUCCAGUUAAUAACAGAUGUGCUUUUUGAGUCUCAGACGUAUAUGAGGCAAAGGAAUGAUGAAUGCAGCUUUAUCAGCCUCAGGGAUGUGGAACGCUGCGUGGAAGUCUUCAAGUGGUUCCACAGCCACAGUGAACUACUAAUGAAACAUCUGGAGAAGCAAGUUGCAGAGAGGAAGGCAGCUAAAGGUUUUGUCCAGCGAGACCCAGUCAUUUGGUCCUUGGUUCUUGCAGUGGGUGUUUGCUACCAUGCUUCCCUGGAAAGGAAAAGGGAGUACCGCAGAGUCAUCAGCACCAUCCUUCCAAAGCCAUAUGAUGAUGAAAAGGGAAUUCUUGAAGAAAUUGGCUUAGUUCAGGAUCUCUUCUUGAGUGACCUACCUCUGAGGGAAACGAUCGCCAAGAACUUGGCACUGAAGGAAAAUGUUUUUAUGAUGGUUAUCUGCAUUGAACUUAAAAUCCCCUUGUUUCUCAUUGGCAAGCCUGGCAGUUCCAAAUCUCUUGCCAAAACGAUUGUGGCUGAUGCCAUGCAAGGCCAAGCAGCAUAUACUGAUCUUUAUAAAGAACUGAAGCAAAUCCAUUUGGUGUCCUUUCAGUGCAGCCCACACUCUACCCCUGAGGGAAUCAUCAACACUUUCAAGCAUUGUGCUCGCUUCCAAGAAGGAAAGAACCUAAAGGAGUAUGUCUCUGUGGUGGUGUUAGAUGAAAUUGGCUUGGCUGAAGACUCCCCCCAAAUGCCUCUGAAGACCCUUCACCCGCUCUUGGAAGAUGGCUGUGUUGAUGAUGAUCCACUCCCUCAUAAAAAAGUUGGCUUCAUUGGGAUCUCUAACUGGGCGCUGGAUCCAGCUAAGAUGAAUCGAGGCAUCUUUGUAUCCCGUGGAGAACCAAACAAGAAGGAGCUCAUAGAAAGCGCAAAGGGUAUCUGCUCUUCAGAACGCUCCGUCCUGCACAAAGUUGACCGCUUCUUUCCCAUCUUUGCAAGUGCUUAUGAGGAAAUUUGCAAGACCCAAGGCAAGGAGUUCUUUGGGUUGCGUGAUUAUUACAGUCUCAUAAAAAUGGUGUUUGCUUUAACCAAAAAACUGAAAAGAGAGCCAGCUCCCCGUGAACUAGCAGAGAUAGUUCUCCGUAAUUUCAGUGGUAAAGAAGGUAUUGAGGCCUUGAACAUUUUUAUGUCUAGGUUCUCAGAAAAAGGAGAUGCCAUCCGUGAGGACACUGGUACAAUUGAUCUAGUUCAGCAGAACAUUUACAGUGACUAUGAGGAUGGUGAAUGCCGUUACCUGCUGGUGUUGACGGAAAAUUAUGCAGCCCUCCAGAUCCUGCAGCAGGCUUUUUUCAAAGAUACACAGCAGCCAGAAAUUAUUUUUGGUUCCAGUUUUCCCAAAGACCAGGAAUACACCCAGAUCUGCAGAAACAUCAACCGAGUGAAGAUCUGUAUGGAGACAGGGCAGAUGGUCAUUCUUCUCAACCUGCAGAAUCUGUAUGAAAGCCUCUAUGAUGCCCUCAACCAGUAUUACGUUCAACUUGCUGGUCAAAAGUAUGUUGACUUGGGCUUGGGGACCCAUCGAGUGAAAUGCAGAGUGCACCCUAAGUUCCGUUUGAUUGUCAUUGAGGAGAAAGAGGUGGUCUACAAACAUUUCCCCAUCCCGUUGAUCAACAGGCUUGAAAAGCACUACCUAGACAUCAAUACCGUGUUGGACAGGAGGCAAAGAGACACUGUGGAAGAAUUGAAGAAAUGGGUGGACAGCUUCACAGCAGCUGAAACUGAAAAAUACUUUAUGGGCCAUCAGAAAUAUACCCCUUCUGAUGUCUUUGUUGGCUACCAUCCUGACACCUGUGCCUCAGUUGUCUUGCAGGUGACGGAGAAGCUGAAAAUGGAUGUUUCCCCUCAGGAGCUGAUGCGAAAAGUACAAGAAGAAGCCAAGUUGGUCCUGUUAAACUGUGCAACGCCCGAUUCUGUAGUCCGCCUUGGUGAUUCGCGGCUGGGUUCCUUUCUGGCAGAUGACUUGGCCAAGGUAUACUUUCAGCAGCAACAUCACACUUCGCUUGCAGAGUUCCUUCGUGCUUGCCUUGGGACAGAGUCUAGGGGUCACACAACCUUUAUUGAGGUGAGUUCUGAAAUACUUCUUUGUUCUUUUUUUAAUACAUUAGGAGUUUUGCUCUCCUGAGAUGGCAUUAGAACUUUAAUAAUUCUAGACUACAAAUGGGAGCAUAUGGAUCAGAAAAUACAUUUCUCUUCACCUUGGAGAUCAUUAUUCUAUAUUGUCAGAAAAUGUUAAGUCAAAAGUCUGGUCUGAGCUAUAUUUUACUGGUUGUACAAAGGUUUAAGAUAUUUCUCAUGGGUAAAAGUGAAGCAGCCAUUACCAGUCCUGCCUUCAUUAAAUUGUCCAUCAAGCAGUAUUUACAGCAAGGUAAAAUGUAGCUACUGGUCCAGUUGAGCUGUAAUGGCGAUACACGGUUUGUAAAGAGAAUGUGCUACAGCAAGCCUUGGGCUUGUGUGUGAAGGAGAAGGGAGGAGAGAAUGCAAAUCUAAAGCAUACUCUAGAUGCCUCUCAUAACAGGAAACCAAGUUGUAUUGUUUUAUUUGAUCUUAUUCAAUAUAAAACAGUGAAUAUCUUGCUAUCCGCUUCGCCAUGGGUGUUCCAUGUGCUAGAAACAUUUUGAAAUUAAAAGUUCAAACAGCAGAUACAAGUGACAGGUGAUACAAUUAAUUUUGCUUUUUUGGCAACUCAGAUGCCAGCAUUCUUGGUGUCUCAUAUGCGGCCAGAGAUUUAGAGAAUCCAAAUAAGAUCUGUUUUGCCCAUGUUUGUUGGUGGAAUGAUUUCCUAGUGCUUCCUUUGGCAGUGGAAAGACUGUCCAAGAAAUUAGCAACGUCUAGACUGCUUGUCAGGGUAAAAAGUAAGGCAUCUAAAUGCUACUCAGCAGAUUAUACCUUUUCCUUCAAACAGGAGUUGCAUUUCUUUUUCCCUCUCUGCCUCCCUUUUAAUUUUAUUUUCAUUCCCAUCAUGAUCUAAUAGAAUUUUUGUUGUCAAAUAGGUGUAGUAGUUGACAACCAAGUUUUUCGGAUUUGUUCUGACAGAAAUGUUGGGUUCUUGAUUGCUGUCAGCAUCACUCAGAUCCUAAGAGCAACUCAAGGGCCUCCUUAGUGUAUGUGGUGCUGGUGGGGCUAACCUUAAUUUUAUUGGACAUUAGACUACCAUGCCAUAUUGCUUCAUUUUGUUUCAAAAGGGUUUGCUGUGUGCAGUUGUGCAAAAAUCUUAAAAGGCUUUGUACAUCUCUGACAGAGAAAUCUCGUAUUUUUCUUUACGUUUCAGGUUACAACUUUCUCUAGACUCUUGACUGCGGCAGACACAGAGACUUUGAAGACAGAACUAUUGGACAAUGUAGGCAUUCCAAAAGUUCUUUUCUUGCAACAGUUUGACACAGAACAUUCCUUUUUGAAAGAAAUUCGGUGAGUGGCUUGCAUUUCUCAGUCCACUUGGUUUGUAGACCACAUUGAAGAUGACAGUAACAGAAUUUUUGAGUGAAACAGAUGGGUAGAGAAUAAGCAUGGGCUUGUGGUAGCAUUUAAGGUUAUGUUAUAGAUUCAGAUUGCUGGGAUAGAUGGAAGUUGAUAUUUAUUUAUUAUCUAUCACCCACCCUUCACCCUAAGGUGCCGUGGUGUGUGACAAUAUUAAAAACAACAUAUAGUCAUAAAAAGUGGGGCCUAAAAAUAUACAAGAGUUGGGUCUUCAGCAUUGUCUGGAAGCUGUAGAAUGAAGGUACCAGACACACAUCUGUGGGGAGGGAGUUCAUAGCUUAGGGGCAGCCACAGAUAAUGCCCUUUCCCAGGCUACCACCACCACCCCAAACCUACCAAGAGGACCCCCUCUGCCAGUCUCAGCACCUGAGAUGGUCUAUAGAGAAGGAGGUGGUCUUUCAGAUAUUUGAAGUCUGGGUACCGUACUGUUGUGUGUGAUGAUCCACUCUGUGCCUGAAAUACAAUACCCUUUUAACCAUUCUUGUGACAUCUGUUGUUUUCUCCCAGGAAUUCUCUUUCUGUUGCGCCUGGAACUAAAAUACUGAUUAUUCAGACUGACUUUGAAAAUGGAUCCCUCAGUGCCCAGAUUGUUGCCUCAGCCAAGUAUGUUGUAUAGCAUGUGUUGUAUUUUCCAGCUUCUUUAUUAGAGCAGCAUUGAACUCAUGGCUAAGAGUUACCACAAUCUUUUUCAAGGUCUACCCUUUUCAAGGUCUAGUAAAACACUUGGGGAAAGUGUGAGGGAAGACAAGCUUUUGUGUGAAGCUAUAUGAACAUGUUGUUGUUGUUGUUUAGUCGUUUAGUCGUGUCCGACUCUUCGUGACCCCAUGAACCAGAGCACGCCAGGCACUCCUGUCUUCCACCGCCUCCCGCAGUUUGGAACAUAGUGAACAUUUAAAACUUGGUGUUAGGAUGGGGUGGAGAAGUAAGCCUUGUGUGUUGCGAUAAUGAGAUGUGAUUAGGUAGUAGUGUCCUCUGUACUGCCACUUGAAAUUGCCAACAAGUGUUUCCUUUCCCUUACAGAUACUCAGCUGUUAAUGAAAUUAACAAAAUAGACCUGUGUGAAGCCUCAGUGUUUGUGCUCUUCAUCACUAAGCUAUCUCGCAUUGAAGGAGGAAGUUCCUAUGUGGGAUUUCAUGGAGGUAGGUCUGCACAACUGGUGCAGUGGGAUGUAGAAUAAAUAUGAGGUUUUCAGUGAGUUUGGAAUGCUGUUGCAACUCGGAAUAAAUACCUGAUAUCGGCGCAAAUAGAGAAGAAAAUAGGGCUAUUUUGUGAAGUAUCAAAUUGAGGUCCAAAUUGAAUCUUGUGGUCAGGACACUUCUCUAAUAAAUGCAAUAUUUGCUGUCUUUUGCUUUCUUUUGAAAACAAUACAAAGAGAGCAGACGGGGUUAAAGGAUGCCCAUACUGUGAAUACCUUUUGAUGAAGGAUGGUAUAUAAGUCUAAUAAAUAAGAAAUCAGUAUUAUUGAGCCUCUAGGUAGCUAGGCUCAUCCCUAUCUGUCCUGCACUGGAUUUUUCUUUUUUUUUUUUAGAUCAUCAUCAUUUUUUAUUUGUAUGCUGCCUUUGCACAGUUAAAAAAACAAUUCUCAAGGCGGCUUACAGUGUAACAAGAUUUACAUAAUUAAAAAAGUCAUGAACAAUAAAUAAACCACAUUAAAAAAUACACAACCAAAUGGGAAACAAUUUCCACAUAAAUCAAAAUCUAAAACUAAGAAUACAGCAUGAAUAUCACAGUUUAAAAUGACAUAGGUAAAAAAUAACAGCAAUUUAAACAAAACAAAACGGAGCCCUCUCUGCCUAGCAGCAGCAACAGUCCUUUAUAGAGCCCAUCAGGCCCCGUCCUGGGCCAGGUGGUGAGUGGCAGGACUGGGGCCCUCAGGUGCUGAGCCAUGAUAACUUCAUGGCAGUAGUCACCGAAAGUAUUUCUGUCUAUUGCUAGGAAUGUGGCAGUCUGUGCACAUUGAUGAUCUAAGGAGAUCCAAGGAUAUGGUUUCUGAUGUAACUUCCCUGAGGAACAUAACCCUCAGCCAGCUGUUUUAUGAAGAUACGGGGAAGUCUGCACAAAAACGUGAGUGUAAGAAUUUCAAUAAGUGAUGUAGCAUUAACUUCUGACAACUUGUAGUCAUUCCCGGUGUCCUUAAUUUUAUCAGUAAGCAAAUUUCAACCCAUGCAAUCUUCUGUAUUAUUUGCAGCUGUGAUUAUGGCAAAGGAAGAAGAACAAGAUGAGGAGAUGGAUGUGGUAGCAGCAGCACCCAAAACAGAAAGAUUGGCUGUAAGUUUCAAUGUAUCUCACUUUAAUUAUUUUAUUUGGCAACCUUUGAAAACAGAGAGUGCUCCCCCCCCCCAUUUAUUCAUGCUGGGGACAAAUCAUAAAAAUCCCAGAGAUAUUAUUGUACUUGUUCUCUGUUAUGGUUUCCCCUCCAUUCCCCACCCCCCAAAUGGUAUGGGAGCCUGCAUAUCCCCAAAUUUUCUCAGGUGUAGUGAGGAAACAUCUAAUAAGCAUGGAUUAUGCUUCCUCAUACCAGAGGUUGGGUUCCUUUCCCUGUUUUCCUGGGCUUCAGCCCUUCUCCCGUCUGCUCUGCUAUCUUUGCAUGUUUUCUGCCCCCACCUCCCAGCCUUCUUUGCCUUUUUUCUUGCUCCCCUUAUUGUCCAUUUCUGCUCUCUCACCUGUUCAUUGUUUCUGUGGCUUUCCUGAACAAACAGGCAGAUCUGUAGUAAAAAUGACCACCCAUGUUAGAAUGGCGAAAACCUAAGGGGUGGGAAUUCUGGCUGCUGCUGCCAAAAGCAAGUCUCUCCAGAACAUGUGUUCCUCUGAGCACAGGGAUCGCUCUGGCCUACCAUUCCAAUUGAUCCCUAAGGGAAAGUCUUCCUCAUCACAGAGGAACAGGUUGGCUACCUCCAAACUCUAGACACCCCCUCUAGACACUAAACAAUUAGUUAGGGCCCAUUUCAGCCAGCUUCCAUCUCUGGGCUUCUACUGAGCCUCUCAAAGACAGUGGUGAAUGGUAUCACCUCAAGGACCUCUUCUCUCCCUAAGAACUAACAAACCUUGUGAUCAUCCUCUGAGGUCCUUCUUUGUGUGUCUUCUCCAUGAGAGGUCUGGAGGGUAGCAACAUGAGAGCAGGCCUUUUCUGCAGUGGCUCCCCAUUUGUGGAAUGCUCUCCCCAGGGAGGCUUUGUUACAUCCAGUAUAUUUAGGUACUGGGCAAAAACAUUCCUCUUCUCCUAGGCCGUUGGCUUAUUAGCUAAUUUAUGGCCUUUUAAAUUGUCUGUGUUUGGGUGGGGGCAGGUUAUUGUUUUUGUUUGCUACUAUGUUAUGUGUUGUAAACAGCCCUGUGAUCCUCGGAUGAAGGGCAGUAUACAAAUUUAAUGAAUAAAUAAUCACAAAGUCUGCAGGCGUCCCUUGUUAGCACUGAGAGUAAGCCCAGCAUUUUCCUGGUGGCCGUCAUUUUGUUAGCCUCACUAUCAUCUGUUUACCAGAACAUUGCAGGAGCUCCUUUUUAGUGUCUCCAUGCUUCUGUACUCAAUUCUUGCUCUCCCCUCUGCUCCCAGCACUAAGCCUAUUAUUGGACUGAUAAAACAUAGAUCCCAUUCUGGGUCUUGUCUUAAACACUCCAAAGAGAUCAAGGACACCAAUUAUCGCAAGUGGAGUAGAUCUCCAAUGCAGGAAGUGGGUUCUUCUCACUUCUCCACCAUAACAAAACAAGUACUUAUUGGUUUUUGUUAAUAGGACCUUGCUGUGCUAUCCCUUUUCCUUGCUUUUAUGACUGCUCUUCUCCAGGCAGAUAAAUAUGCUGAUUCCUGGCUGCAGGGGAGAUCUUGUAUCUUUGUCUCCUGUAUUGGCCAGCAAGCAAGAGAGUCAUUACAGGCAGAAAGCUCUUGUUUACAUCAGUUCCCUUUUUCAGAGAAGAAAUGUGCACCAAGUUAGUCUGUGUUGCUUCACAAUAUUAAUAGGCUCUCUUUCUCUACUCCUGGAAAGCCCAAAAUCUUGGACACCACCGUUCUUCUGAGGAGCUGCGUGCAAAGUGCUGUGGGGAUGCUAAGAGACCCAAAUGAGAGUUCCAGCCGCAGCACUAGGAGGAUUGAAAUUCUCCUUAGCCUUCUUUCUGAGGAAAGUGAUUUGAAAGGUAUGAAUGACUAGGAGCAUUUUGUUUUGUACAGUGGUACCUUUUGGUUAUGGGCCCAGAUGUGCCACAAGAUGUGGCAAUAAGGCAAAAUCAUAUCAGUUAAAGCUUUUAGUGCUUCCAUCUUGCCAAGAUAACAGCUGUAGUUUAUUGUCACCUAGUCUAGCUUCUAAACACCAGUGUAGCACAUCUGCAACCUCUCCUACUUCAUGCUGAGCAUUUUGUAGAUUCAGCAUACUCAAAACUCUUCACUCAUCCCCAGAUGACGAAGCGCAACAAUUUUAUAUAGAUAAUACAGGGUGAGUCUUUUAAAAGAGGCCCCAUGGAACAUGUGUACACUGUAUCAAUGGGGCCUCUUUUAAAGGACUCACCCUGUAUAUUUGUAAUUUUAUAGCUGACAGUCAAGCACUGCAGAAGGUUGUGAAACCUUAACUGGUGUUGAUGAUAAAAUCGGACUAAAUUAGCUAUCGGUCCAAUAGAAAUAGAUACCUUUUGUUUUGUCUUCAACACUUGAAAUCUAGCCUUAAGGAAUACCAGUUAGCACACUUUCUGCUAUUUUUCAGCUUCCUUCCUGAAGAUAACAAAGAAUCGCCUCUUAACCCUUUUGAGAAAGCAAGAGGAGAACUCUUACAUCAUGAAAGAGUGGGUGCUUCGGGAGGCAUCAAACCUCAAUGCCCUCCAAGAAGCGGGAACUUUCAGGUAUACACAUUAGUUGAAACUAGUCGUAUUUCAGCAAUCUAAAAAUAUAGGCCAGUAUCUAAAGAGUACACCUCCCUUAAGAUGGUUCCAUGCACUCAGAGGAAUUAUAAAUUUAUUGUUCCAGCUGUGGCCCCACAAGCUACAUUUGAUACUUCUCCAGAGGGUCCCCUUGAGCUUUGGGAACUUUUCAGAUGGGUUUAAGGGCCGCAGAAUCAAGGUGGUGUUAAGAGUUUGGUAAAUAUAUUGCAGUGGUAUGCAGAGCGAAAUAAUCUAGUAAAACAGCUGGUUGAAAGGAGAAAUAAAACAAGGUUUAUUAGUCAUGACAAAGUCAUUCUGAGUACAGGCUUUAAAGGUAAAGGGACCCCUGACCAUUAGGUCCAGUCACAAACGACUCUGGGGUUGCGCACUCAUCUCGCUUUAUUGGCUGAGGGAGCUGGCGUACAGCUUCCAGGUCAUGUGGCCAGCAUGACUAAGCCGCUUCUGGCAAACCAGAGCAGCCCACGGAAACGCCGUUUACCUUCCCACCGGAGCGGUACCUAUUUAUCUACUUGCACUUUGACGUGCUUUCGAACUGCUAGGUAGGCAGGAGCAGGGACCAAGCAAUGGGAGCUCACCCCGUCGCGGGGAUUUGAACCGCCGACCUUCUGAUCAGCAAGCCCUAGGCUCUGUGGUUUAACCCACAGCGCCACCCGCAUCCCCAUGUACAGGCUUUGCAUGUGGCCAAAAGUAGUGUCACUAGCACAUGCUAACUCACACAGGGCUUAUCCACACCUCCCUUUUCCUUACCUCUUUCCCCCGGGAAAACCUGCGGUUUAGCACUGAAUUGGAACAAACAGCAAUCAGGUUUUCCAUGGAUUCUUAAAGACAGUCUUAGGGUCCCGUGCCUAAGAAAGCACAGGACAAGUGGAAAUGAGGGCGAGCCCUGAAUCUGUUUUGAGCAAAUGUAAUUCAGAGAAAAUACAGAAAGGAAAUAAAAGUCUCAAAUGAAGUAAUCUAUUUCACCAACAAGUGGUUACUAAGAAAGAAUAAGCAGGGGAAGAAUAAAUUGUCAUUUUGUCUAUUUCCUUCACCAUCACCACAAUGGUUCGGGUAACUUACUGCAAAGCAUUGUUGCUUUAUUCCCAGGAGGUGGAGGGUCUGAAAAGUCUCACAUGUUUUUCUUUUUUUGUUUUCUGCAGUCAACUGCAGUAUUACAGCUAGUUAAAUAUCCUGGCCCUUUUGAGUUCAGAGCAUUUACAUGUGUAGCUGGUGCAAGAUGGGAACCAAAACUCUUAAUAAAACUGGGUGUUGUUGUUUUCUGCAGUAAUAGCUCUGUGGGCCAAUAAUGUUUGACUGUCUUUCAAAGUUUCUGCCUCUGCUUCAGGUGGUAACAUUCCAUAUGUAAAUAGUAUAAACGUCGCUUCAAAACCAUGGUUCACAAUUGGAAAGGUCUUUCAAAAGAAGAAAGAAGUAUAUAUGCAAGUCAAAAAAAAGGAUUGCUUUUUCUUUAUAACAUUCUCCCUUGAGAUUUUCAGUCUUGUCAGAAUGCUCCUGAAAGAGUGCGUGAUUGUGUCUGAACAAUUUCUUCUUAAUAUUGGGUAUUCUUUUUUUUGUUUGUUUUUGUUUCCUUUACCUCUUUUGAAACUUGCAGGCACACCUUGUGGAAGCGGGUGCAGAGUGCAGUUAUACCAUUUCUGGCCUAUAUGGUGUCUGUCCUAGACAGAGACGGCAACUUGGACCUGCUGGUUAGACCAGAAACAGAAAGUUGUGUGAAAGCUCUGUGGAUGUUCAUCUUCAAUGAUCUCAAUCUUCUGAAUAUCCCUUACAUUAUGAGUGACAAAAGGUAAGUGGCACAACCAAGGCAGCAAUGGUUGCUGGUGAAUUGAUUUGUUAUUAAAUGUAAAUGGUGAAUGUGAUUUUGACUCCCAUGUGAAGGAAUAUUUUGAAAGCUGUUUGUUCAUUUGGCAACUAUGUAUGCCAGUAGAAGGCCAUGACAGUUUGGCUUCCCAUUUCUCAGUAGGUUUGGCUUACAGCAGAACUCUUUAAUACCUAGGUUAUAUCACAUACUUCUAGCCUAGACAGGAGAACCUUGCUGCAAAUUUGAAUACUGUCUCCUCCAUUUCCAGGAGCUUCUCCCAUUUUGUCUUCUUGUCUAUCCUAGCAGAAGUCCUCCUUUUUUUCCUCCAUCCUUUGCACAAUUUAAUCCUCUUUGCUCCUCAACUUGUUGGGGUUUUUUCGCUGUUCUACCCUGGGGUCUAAAUCCAAAACCCUGGCCUGAAAAAAGCAAUAGUCUAUCUUGAAAUCUAGGCAGUAGAUGAUCUUCUCUCCCAUGAGACUUGGGUGAGUGAGCUGGGUGGACCUGAUCUUACCCAGCUGCUCCCAUAGUACAGUACCAGGCUAGUCGGGGUGUGUGUGUAUGUAUGUAGGGGUUGUGAAUUGCUAUCCUGUGGGACCAAAGAGAGUUCUCCAGACCUGUAGUAUCCUUUUAUUCCAUGUGUUAAUUAUAGUGUCUCUGAAAUGCAUCCACUACAUUCAUUCAUUCAUUCAUUCAUUCAUCCAUCCAUCCUUAUGGAAUAAGUUAUUGAGGCAGCCCUCAUACUAAUUGUAUCCUGUAAUCCAUUCAUUCUGCAUUCAUUGUUUCUUUUUCUAUAUAAACAGAUUGCAUUUUACAUGCACCUUGAUUAAAGGCUGGCCUUAUGAUCUAUUUUUUGUGUUUUUUUAAUAGUAAUGAUUAAUAGAUUAAAGAAAAGUAAAAGUAAGUUUCCCCGCUUGGUAAUGGAAUUCUACCAACUUUCUGAUUGAUUUUGCAUGUUUCUUGCCCAGCUCCCAAUCCAAGACAAUUCUGGUGGAGAAUUCCUUUCAGGUAUUUACAGAUGCUGGCAAUGAAAUACCCUUCAGCUGGAGGAUAAAGGAUUUUUUGGAAGACCUUUGGGUUCAAGCCCCAUAUGUCAUUGGUGAUGAAGGUGAGAGUGCAGGGAUGACAUUGAAACUGGUGUCACUCAUAGGAACAUUUAGAUAAAUAUGUCAAAUGGAUCUGAAGGCAAUAAUGAGGCACCAUCCCUUUUCAAUGUUUGUUAUGGGGUUCAGCUGCUGUCCUCUAUGGUUCUAUUUGCCAAAAAAAGCCCCAAAACGGACAUUUUGCCGUUUUUCUAAAAUCCCCCCCGGGCUCUGUUUUCCCCAUUGGAAUCCUGUUCGCAAAUUCUCCCUUUGUAGAGAAGGUGAUUGAGAAAGCGGUGGCACAACAAUUGCAAGUGCUCUUGGAUGAAACAUGAUCUCGGCCCAUUUCAAUCUGCAUUCAGGCCUGAUUAUGUGACUUGAUUUGGUCUUGGUCAUCCUAAUUUAUGACCUUUAUCAGAAGGAGGACAGGGGAGUGCAACCCUAUAUUCUUAUUUGAUCUUUCAGUGGCUUUUGGUUCUGCUUAUGCAAGUUUUUAGUCCCUGAGCAUCUUCUGUUUCUAAUUGCUUUUAUAGGCAUAUCCUAAAGUAUACAGACAAAUGUUCCUACUGAAAAUUUACUGCAUAUCCAAGAAUGUCCUGGAUUUAUGUCCAGGACAUGACAGUCCUAGCUGCUAGACUUGCUAGCUGCUAAGAGCAUUGCUUUGGGACUAAAGGAGUGAUUUGGGCCACAUUUCUGGUGCAAUGUCAAAUUUUCUAUUUCUCAGUAGUUACCAAAAAACUUCUUCAUAAACGACAAACAGCUUUCAAUGUUUUGGGUUAUGAGUCUUACAAAGUAAAGGGUCAUCAUACUUUUAACUUUUGAAAUAGGGCCGUGCCACUGCUGCAUGGUAUUUCUGGGAGAUAUUUAUUUAUUGAAGCAUUUAUAUACUAUCCUAUCAUAAAAUGUCAGGACAUUUUAAACAAUAUAAAAAGCAAUACAAAACAACCUUUAAAACGACUGGCAAUUCAAGAAGAUUCAUGCCUAUUGGCAUAAAGAGAUACUAUGGCAUUUAAAAUUCCCAUCUAAUCUAGUUUCCUCCCAUUGUACUCCUGACCUGUAGGCCAUGCGGAGAAGUUUGUAGGACUCUUUCAGAAGACACCACUGGGGCAGCAUAUUGCUGGUCUCUCUGCUGA